UCAGAUAUCAAUAAUACUUUACGUUCACAUAAAAUUAAUUUUGCUCUUGGUAAAACAUGUUUUAAAUUAAAAUGUUUUGUAUGCGAUCAAGCAAUUGAUAACCAUUAUAUGUUUAUAAAUCAAAAAACAGGUUGGUUUAUAUGUCAACAAGGGAAAUUUUGGGGUGAUUGGCUACACUUAAAGGAGUAUUUUAAUAAGGAUCUUACAAAAAAUGGUUACAAAAAUAUUAAAUACAAUAUGGAACGAGUGUUUGAAAUGGAAAAACCAAAUUUAAACAUUUACAAUAAUGCUACAUCUUUUCAAAGACUUGAUGUAAUAUUAAAGAAAAAAAUUAAACCAAAUUUUGACCUUAUGCCUAUAUCAGACCAAGUUCUCGAAGAUUACCAAGUCAAAUUGACGACCGAUAAAGCAACAUUAUUAUUGCCUUAUUUCCAAUUCGGUGAUCAUCUAGUCUCUAUCAAACGCAAAUAUAUAGCAAAAUCUUACCCUGAUGACACAUCAGACAAUGUUGAAAAUUAUGAAACGAAAAGUAUAAAUGGACUUUUUGGAUGGACUAAAAUCACCGGAAACCACAAAGAAGUUAUAUUGACUUCUACAGAGAUGGACGCCUUAACAAUAAGUCAAAUUAUAUUAAAUAAUAAACACAAUUCAUGUUUGACAAAUAUGAAUGCUGAUAAUGUUCAUGAUGAAUUAGCCGUUUUAACGUUGCCUAAUGCCGAAAAACAUUUGCCUCAAGAAAUACUCCCUAUGCUCGAACAAUUCGAUAAAAUUGUAUUUUGGUUCAAUUCUAAAUUGGACAUUAGAAAAUGUUGGGACAGCACUAAAAGCUUUGGCGCUAAAUUGGAUAACCGAAGAUGUUCUUUAAUAUAUCAAAAGGAAAAUGUUAUAACAGAACCUGGUCAUAUAUUGGAAAAAGGAUUAAGCAUUAAAGAUAUUAUGAAAAAAUCUUCUUACCCAUUGAGUUCUCAAACUAUAACAAAUUUUCAUUACAUGAGAGAAGAAAUUUUGUCUCAAAUUAAAAAUUAUGAAAAGUUCCAAGGAGUUAAGUGGACAAAGUUUCCUUUACUCAAUAAAAUUCUGAAAGGGCAUCGCAGAGGUGAGUUGACAAUAUUUACUGGACCGACCGGCUCUGGGAAAACGACAUUUGUUAGUGAAUAUUCUUUGGAUCUAUGUCUAAAAGGGGUAAAAAAUAUGUUACUAUGUAAAAUUUAUGAUUCUAUAGGGAAAUCGAUUCAGGCAGGUUACAUCAUGGUCAAUACUUUAUGGGGAAGCUUCGAAAUAGCAAAUAAUCGAUUGGCCAGACUCAUGCUACAUCAGUAUUCCGGGAUCAAUCUUGAUAAAAAUAUACAGAUUUUCGAUAAAUAUGCCAAUGAAUUCGAGAGGUUGUCUAUGUAUUAUAUGACACAUCAAGGAGCAGUCAAUAUUAAGAACAUCAUUGAAUGCAUGUCCCAGGCCGUAUACUUGUAUGAUAUAUCCCACAUCGUGAUUGACAAUUUGCAAUUCAUGAUGGGAGAUGAGACCUCGGUUUCUUCUUUCGACAGAUUUUUCAAACAAGACGCCAUAAUCGCUGCUUUCCGCAAAUUCGCCACCUCUUUCAACGUUCACAUCACCUUGAUCAUACACCCAAGGAAGGAAAUAUCGGAGGAAUUGACCAAUCAGUCUAUAUUUGGUGGAAUAAAGGCGACUCAAGAAGCUGACAAUGUUUUAAUCCUCCAAGAAAAAAGUUCUAUGUCUCAUAUGCCUAAAAAGAAAUAUAUCCAGAUCACGAAAAAUAGGUUUGAUGGAGAUUUAGGGAUGAUACCUAUUGAAUUCAACCGUGACAAACUUAGCUUCGCAUCGCAUCACGUGAAACAAUCUGAAAAUAAUCAUAAGAUAAAUUUUGAUGACGAAACUAAUGUCGAAUUUAAUUCUACAAAUAUGAAAAAUUGUGGUUAAUCGAUGACAACUAUCGCUGAUAAUUUAACUAUAACUCACUUGAAUAUAACCUUUUAUUGCAUCAAUUCACAAACCAUUAAAUAUAUAACUUCCUUGAAUUUAACCCAUUAUUACAUCAAUUC